AUGCAUCUAAAAUUACCUCUAUCAUUAAAAGGUAUGACUACAUUAGAUCGUGAUCAAUUUAAACAAACUAUUAGUGUUCCAUAUGUGAAUAUUCCAGUUGAAUGUAUUCAAUCAUCAAAAUGGAAAAAUUAUUUACUUUGUUUACCGUCAUUAAAAAAUGUUCGAGAUUUACAACCAAUAUUAAAAACACAUAAACAAGUUUUAUUUGAUCCAGAUAUAAUUGAAAAUAAAGAAGAUGUUAUUAAAAAAAUACCAUCAAUUACAAAAUAUGUUGAAGAAUCAUUUGAUUUUACUCCAUUAGCAAUAACAUAUGAGAAUUAUUCAAUUGAACAAGUUAUUAAAGCUAUCUUACCAGAUGAUUUAGGAAAAGAUAGACCAAUUAAUACAGGUUCCGGUUAUAGUCUUAUUGGACAUAUUGCUCAUUUCAAUUUAAAAGAUGCAGUUUUACCAUAUAAACAUAUUAUUGCUCAAGUUGUGCUUGACAAAUUAACACAUGUGAAAACUGUCGUGAAUAAAUUACAUGAAAUCGAUUCAGUUUAUCGCAAUUUUGAAUUAGAAAUUAUUGCUGGUGAACCAAAUACUAUUGUUAAAUGUCGUGAAAGUAAAGCAAUAUUUCAAUUUGAUUUUGCUAAAGUUUAUUGGAAUCCUCGAUUAAGUACGGAACGUGAACGUAUUGUUAAUGUUCUACAUCAUAAUGAUCUUGUUUUUGAUGUAUUUGCUGGUGUUGGACCGUUUGUUGUUCCAGCUUCAAUGCUUGGUUGUACUGUUUAUGCAAAUGAUAUUAAUCCUGAAUCUGUUAAAUGGAUGACUAUUAAUUUAAAAACUAAUCGAACAAAAAAAUCUUCGAAUGAAUAUCAUGUAUUUAAUUUAGAUGGACGAGAAUUUUUACGUACAAUUGUAUUUCCACGUAUAGAAAGUUAUCAAAAAAAUAUAGCAAAUGAUAAUGAAAAACGUUGGUGUUUAUCCGAUAAUAAAAUUAUUAUAUUAAUGAAUUUACCGGACAUAGCUUUAACAUUUUUGGAUGUUUUGCCUGAAUGGUUAUCAGAAAAUAUUGAAGAAAAACAACAAUGGAUAUUACCUAUUCAUAUUCAUUGUUAUACAUUUUCAAAAGCUGAUAAUCCAGAUGAAGAUAUAAGAUUACGAUUAAAAACAAUUUUACCGAAUAUUAAUGAUAAUCAAAUAUCAUGUCGAUUUGUUCGACAAGUAGCACCGAAAAAAGAUAUGAUGUGUGUGAAUAUUAUUCUAUUUGAUAAGAAGAAAAAAGAAACACGUAAUGAAUGUGAUGAAGAAAAAGAAGAAAAAAAUCCGACGAAAAGAUUUAAACAAGAUUCUUCUGAAUAA